CACCCUGCCCCCGCUCCACUGUGCACGACCCACACAUGUGGCAUUGCAAUGUCACACAGCGCUGCUCCUCACCCUCACUGCACUUUACUUCACUGGCUGUCCCCUCCCCAAACGAAGCCGCGCCGCGCCGCAGGCACAGCUGAGCCAUGGCGUUCCUGGUGCAGCACGGCACGAGCAGAGCCAUCGCCGCGAAGGCCGCCGCGAGGGAGAGGAAGCCGAGGCACAGCGCGAGGGCCGCGGCCAAGAACCCGGCCAAGCUGGAGCCCGGCCAGCUCGCCCUCAUCAGGCUGCUGCUCGCGGCAUGCCUCCUUGCCCCGGUGGUCUGCAUCUGCGUGGACAAGCUCCUCUCUGUGUUGUCGUCACGGGUCUCGUCUGGCAAUGGAGUUCAUCUGAUACAAGGGGACCUUGUUAGCUCUGUUGAUGCUGAAGGGGUUGGAGCUGUGAGUUCUUGGCAGGCCAGUAUCAGUUUGGAUGUACCUCAAGGGCCUAGUGCUCCAGUUCUUCCCAGAGCUGAUGUUGAUCCUUUCAGAAGUUCACAAGAAUCAGAUACUGAAGUUAAAAAGUACACUGCCAAGAAUAGAACAGAUUUGGAGAAUAAAUCAGGAAUUGAGGAGCAGACUACAUCCUCUGUGAAGUCUAAUUCCCAUCCUGAAGACUCUUUCAGGAAAUCUCGACAAUCAGAAGUUACAGAUAUUGAAGUUCCAAAGCUUAAGAGUAAGAUAUAUUGUGAUGACAAGAGUAAAGAUGAGGGAUUCCCUUACGCCAGGCCAAUCGUCUGCCAGAUGUAUGGUGAUGUGAGAGUUACUCCAGGAAGUUCAUCAGUUGCUCUUACUAUGCCAAUGCAGCAAAGCGAGGAAGGGCGACGGAUUAGGCCGUAUGCUCGCCAGGAUGAUUCCUUGCUACCGCUUGUUAGAGAAGUGGUCAUCAGAGCAGCUGCAAGUGAAAAUGAUGCUCCCAAUUGCAGCGUCAGCCAUGAUGUCCCGACAGUUAUCUUCUCGAUUGGUGGCUAUACUGGAAACUUCUUCCACGACAUGUCAGAUGUCCUGAUCCCGCUAUAUCUAACAUCCUUUCAGUUCAAAGGUCGGGUAAAGUUCUUCAUUACCAACUACAAGCACUGGUGGAUUCAGAAAUACAAGCCGAUGCUACGGAGGCUAUCGCGUUACGACAUAAUUGAUUUCGACUCUAACAAGGAUGUCCACUGCUUUCAGCAUGUAAUUCUUGGCCUGGUGAGAGAUAGGGACCUCAUUCUUCGCCGGCAUCCCACGAGAAACCCUAAGGGGUACUCAAUGCUUGACUUCACAAGAUUCUUGCGCCACUCUUAUGGUCUUAGAAGGGACAGGCCAUUGGUCCUUGGUGAGCAGCCUGGCAAGAUACCAAGAAUGCUGAUCAUAUCAAGGCGAGGCACAAGGAAGCUCCUGAACCUUCGUCAAGUGGCAGCCAUAUCAAGGGCGCUAGGAUUCGAUGUGAUCAUCUCUGAGGCCAGUGGCAACCUGAAGAGGUUUGCGACGACCGUGAACUCGUGUGACGUGCUUCUAGCAGUCCAUGGUGCUGGCCUCACCAACCAAGUGUUCCUCCCGGCACAGGCGGUGGUGAUCCAGAUAGUCCCAUGGGGGAAGAUGGACUGGAUGGCCACCAACUUCUACGGGGAGCCGGCGCGUGGCAUGAACCUGAAUUACCUUGAGUACUACAUCUCAGAGGAAGAGAGCAGCCUGGUUCAGAGGUACCCAAGAGACCACAUGGUGUUCAAGGACCCCAUGGCAAUCCAUGGUCAAGGAUGGAAUGCAUUGGCAGAAGUUGUUAUGACACAGGAUGUGAGGCUCAAUCUGAGAAGAUUCAGGCCUACACUUUUGCAGGCUCUGGACCUUCUUCAGGUGUAGUGUGACAGAAAGGUGACAGUUUUCUUUUCUUUUCUUUUACCAUAUAUAGUUCAUUCCUUAUUAUUUAAUUAUUUUUCUGGCAUAAAAUGAUCAUAUAUAGCUGUAACUUUGUAUUGUGCUAACGAAAGGACGGAAAGGUUGGCAGAAGAGGAAAUAUGUACUGCUGUUACUGAUUGGUUACUCAA